GUGGAAUCAAGUUUAUGAUACUUCUACUUACAUUUAUAUUUUUUAUUAUACAGGAAAAUUUCUCUGCAAAGACGGUAUUUUAUAUAUUUAACAUAAAUUUUAAUGCAAUUAUGUAUUCACCAUUAUCACCACAAACUAGUCUCAGUUCAGAAUUAAGAAACAUUAUAAAUGAAAGAAAUAUGCUGAGUAUGCGAAGCCGAAUGAAAGUUUUACAUGCUUUGAAUCAAGACAGUGAAAGGUACGCGGAGGAAAGAGAAAGAACUCUAAGAUCACAAGCCAUUCAAGAGAUAUUAACUACAGAAGUUACCUAUUUACAACAAUUGGAAAUAUUGACAGAGUUUUUUAUACAACCUAUUAUUGAAAGAAAAUUAUUGAAUCAUCCAUUACUUGUCACUCUAUUGGAAAACAUAAAGACAUUAUAUAAUGUGAGUGGUGAAUUAGUGACAGGUAUAAAAAAUAAUCCUGACAAUAUAACUGAAGUAUUUCAUAAACUGGCACCUUUUUUUAAACUGUAUUCUAUUUAUGCUUAUGAUUAUACACAAGUGUUAAAUCUACUACAGACAAGUCAAGAUAAUGAUCCUGUAUUUAAAAAAUUUAUUUGCAAUCAAGAAACAAGACCAGAAGUAAGCAGAAAAUUGUCUUCAUUGUUAAUUACACCAGUGCAAAGAGUACCAAGAUAUCAAUUACUUGUUAAAGAAGUGUUGCAACAUACUCCUUAUAGACAUAAAGAGUAUAGAUCUUUACAAGCAUGUUUGGUUGAAAUUGAAAAAUCUGCAAAACAUAUAAAUACUUUAAUCGCACAGAAUGAAGAAAUGCAAAAAUUGUUAAAUCUUCAAAAAAGCAUCGUUACUUCGAUUAAUCUUGUUAAACCUGGUAGAGUAUUAAUUAAACAAGGACCGUUGAUGCGUGUUUCAAGAAGAGGCAAUUCUGCUUACAAGAGAUACUUUGUACUUUUAAAUGACACUUUACUAUAUUGUAAAGGCGAGCCAGAAACUUCAUUAAACGUAUCUUGUGUUCUACCUUUAAACAAGUGCAGUUUAACUUGUGUUUUAAGCAAAAAAUUGUUUCGUAUAACAUGCUUGCAUGAAACAUUCUUAUUAUAUUCAGAAAAUGGCGACAGCGACGAGUGGAUACAAUCUAUUGAAAGUGCGAUCAAAAAAUAUACCGAAUGUAGACAGACCUUGAGAAAGGAAAGUAGCUCGAGAAAGCCACUUAGACAUAAAAAUAUUAAUGAAUUUCCAUCAGAUGAUAUACCAAAAAAGUCCAUUAAAAGGAAAAGACACACAAGAGAUGAACAGGUAUCAUUGGAUUCUUCCAAUAUUAUAUACUUUAAAGAAGACAACGAAGCCAAUGACGAUAUUCCACAAGAAGAUACUUGCUUAUUCUUUUUAACCAAAAAAUUUAAACGAGAUCGGUUUCCUAAAUCUGGCGAUAUUGCUUCUCCAGCAAAAAAAAUUAAAUUACAUAAAAAUAUAAGCAAAAAAUGUAUACCUACAUAUAAAUAUUUAAGAAAAUCAAAUAACUGUAACGAUAAUGAUCUUGCAACAAUCAGGAUGCACGAAACAAGUUCAGUUGCGUCAAGCAUCGAAAAAAACGCAUCGUCACCAUUUCGAGUAAUCGGUGGAUUUUUUACCUACAUUGGUACAACUAUAAAAAAUCUUUUUACAUUCAGAUAGUUAAAAUACUCAAUCGCAGCAUAAUAAGAAAAAGAUAAAUUAUUGAGAUUAAAAUGAUAAGAAAUCUGUUUACAUUUAGAUAAUUAAAAUACUCAAUCGCGGCAUAAUAAGGGAACGAUAAAUUA